CUGGUGUGUUUUGUGGGAUUGACAUCGCACAGCAGAAACGUGCGUCUUCUCCUGCAGAUGCUUUGCACACAGAUAGCUGACCUCUACUGCAAAAACACUGAAAUAUCUGAGUCUUUACCCCAGCUAGUCAGAGAGCUGCACUCUUUGCUGGUGUUGGUGAGUGAGGACAGGCCACUGGCUCUAGUGCUGGAUGGUUUGGAUGAACUGAGUGAAGAACAUGAGGCUGAUCUGUCCUGUUUCUACACUCCUCCACCUCCACACGUUUACACCAUCCUGUCUGCCAGCACACAGUCAUCUUCAGUUCACUUGCUCAAGACCCAUGCUAAGGUCUCAGUCCUCACUCUGCCUCCUCUGAGCAGUGUAGAGAUCACAGCAGGUUUGAUCUCAAGGCUUGCAUCUGACUCUCGUCGUCUUCAGGCAGCUCAGUGGAGUCUCCUACUGCAGCGCUGCCUCUCUUGUCCUAACCCUCUCUACCUCAGCACAGCCUACAGUCAGAGCAGCGUCUGGUGCUCCUUCACUGACCCUGAGCAGAUCACUCCCCCUGAGCAGCUGCAGCAGCUCUUCCUGACCAUAUUCGUCCGUCUGGAACGUGAACAUGGAGAGCAUCUAGUACGCCGUGCCGCCUCUCUGAUCUCUCUCUCGCGGGCUGGAGUGACGGAGGAGGAACUCUUGCAGCUUUUAGGGCGAGACCGGCGUGUCGCCCAGGAGCUGGCACAACUACACAAUCAGACUCCACCCACUUCGGGAUAUCCCAGUGUGCCUUUCAUGCUUUGGGCCCGGCUCAGACGGGGCCUCGGGUAUCACCUUACUGAAGUGGAAAGUGAUGGGACGUGGGUCCUGCGCUGGACACACAGUGAAUUUGGCCGUGUUGCUGUCCAGCGGUAUUUGAAAACAGAAGACGCGACAAGGACUGUCCAUGCAGACUUUGCAGAAUACUACAGUGGCGGCGAUGCCCCCAAUGGUGACAUUUUUCAGCCACUUGCAUGGAUCAGAGAGGAGAAAGGCAGAAGGAGUUAUGUCUUUAAUUUGCGCAAGCUUCACGGGCUGCCAUACCACCUCAUACAGUCAGGCCAGAUUCUGUCUCUGCUUAGCCUCUGUCUCUUCAACUACGAGUUCCUGCUACAUAAGGUCUGGGGUCUGUCCAUCUGCCAUAUAGAAGAGGACCUGAAAGCUGCUGUCAUCCCAGAUAAAGAGCUGGUGGAUGUAGAGGUGUUGGUCCAGGCUCUCCAUCUUUCACGCUCUGUGCUUCUGAAGGACCCCUGCCAGCUCGCAUCUCAACUGCUGGGCCGUUUACUCCACAUCACUGCCCAGGACAAGCCUGUUGCUCCAGGUGAUCCUCGGCGCUACUCCUACCUGCAUACCCUGUUAGCCCAGUGUCAGCUCUCAUCUCUUCCGGUCCUGGUGCCCUCUUACAGCUGUCUCCUGCCCCCAGGAGGACUCACACCCUCUUUACUCGCAGGUCACAUGAGUCCUGUAACAGCAUUAGCCUUUGGCCAGCACCAUGCAGUGUCCUGCUCUGUGGACGGAACCCUUAAACUGUGGCGGUUGGAUGAAACAGUGGCUCUGGCGAGAACCUUACCCAGGUCAGAGGGCUUUUGCUCAGGCUGGGCAGCUGACUCGCUCACCUUGUGUCUGGAGGAUAGUGUGUUGGCACUGAGGGUGGGUCACCAGCUCCAGGUGCGAGAGGUGGAGUCUGGAAAGGUGCUUUAUACAGAUAGUGAAUCAUUGGAUGUUCCUGUGGUUACAUCGACAUGUGAUGGACGACUGCUGGUGGUCUUUCAUGAUGGGAGUCACAUAGUCAAAGUGUUUGACUUAGCAGCAUCCUGCUCACUGCUGCACUGUGUGAAGGUCACUCUGGGCAGUGAGCCCAUCCACAAGGACAACUCCAUUCUGCUCUCCCACAAUUCUGUCAAAGACCAUGUCCUCUUUGCAUACAGGAGUGGUGGAGAAGCUGCUGUUUUCAGUGCUAAAUCAGGGUCAGUACUGGUGACUGUAAAAGCACAGCAGCAGGCUGCCUCCAUACAGGCUGUAGAGAUGAGCUCUCAGUAUUUACUGCUCUUCUGCAGGUAUCCCUAUAAGAGACACAGUGAUAUAAUACACAUCGAGCUCUACAGCACUGCUUCUUUCCAGUUUCUGCGCUCCAUUCUGGGCUGCAGUCAGGACUACAUUUCCCAGUGUUACCACGGAGAUCAUAACUUGGAAUCUAGAGACAGAGGAUCAUAA